ACUGGCGCAGGGCGUCAGACAGCGGAGCGCGAUGGCUCCGCAGUUAGGUCCAGACGAGCUGCUUCACGUGUUUUCCUUCCUAAGGGCCCAAGACCUGCUGUGCGUGGCACAGGUGAACAAGGUCUGGAAUGAGAUUUCACAGACCAAGGAACUGUGGAGGCAUCUGUGUGUGAGUCGCUGGUCCUCCUGCAAAGCCUCCCGGAUGGUCCUGGGCACACAAACGUGGAAACAGUACUAUCUCUGCCGGUCUGAGCUGGAGUUCCGAGUGGCAUCUGGGCGGCCUGGGAAGGACUUCAUCUGCAAAGCGAUUGCUGGGCACACAGGAUAUAUAGAGCGGCUAGCCUAUAUCUCAACCAAUGAGUACCGGUUUGAUGGAGGGGAGAAGUCUGUGAUUUGCACUGUGUCCUCAGACUGCACUGUGCGUGCCUGGGAUUUGCAUGAGGGCACAGAGAUCUGGUCAAGUCCUCGGCAGCCUGUUCCUUUGAAAAAUUUGGUGACUUAUCCUCAGCUGAAACUGGUUGUCACCAUAGAUACCAAAGGACUGAUCAAAAUGUGGAAAGCAGAGACUGGAUGGGAAUUGGCCUCCUUCUGCUUACCAACCUCCUCUUCUGCAAUGGAGCCCUGUGAUCAUCCAGAGGGCCUCUUCCUGCUGGCAGCCUGCGUUAAUGGGAUCCUCUACAUCCUGAGAGUGCCACAGCUGCAGGUAGUCUCCACAGUGACUGUGUUUUCUAACACCUUUGCAAGUCUCCUCUGCUCUCCUGACCAGCAGUGGGUGUUUGCGUCUGCACAGGACUCAGAUGUGUGCCCAAAGGUGUUCUACACUCAGUCCUUGUUAUGCCCAUCAGAAGAUGAGCCUCCUGUUUCCACUACCCUCCCUCUUUGGAUGUGUUCUCAAGCCUGCUGGGCUCCUGAUGAAGCGGCAAGGCUGAUUGUGGUGCACAAAAAUGAAGAUGAAGAUGACAUGCAGCUGGUUGUUACUACCUUUGAAUUAAGGAGCAAGAAGUCAUCCAGGGACAGAGUGGACAUUCUGGUACAACAGGUGGCCAGUUUCCUGCCGGACACCUUGAUGUCGCCUCACCUCAUGCAAGGCUAUGGCUCUCAGGUGAUCCUGCUGACUUCUGGAUUGGAGCUGAUGCUGUUCACCAUACACGGCCUGCAGUUGGUAGCCUUCCAGGACCACCAGAAGCCCAUCACGUCCAUGCGGGUGGACCUCGACCGAGUCAUCACCUCCUCCAUGGACCUCUCCUUGCGGGUCUACGUGUGGAAUAAGAAAAAUAAAUUCCCAGUCCUCAAGAGCUGCUAUCACUUGCUUGGGGGAUCCCACAAAUGGGCCAGUGGAUUUACCCACGUGGAAAGUGACAGCACAAACAUCGUCGGUGUGGAAGCCAGAAGCAAUGGAACAAGCAUUCUGAGAUCAUAUUGCUUUAGAAUUCAGCGUGGCUAGCAGAUGACCCUAGCUGGAGAUACUCUUACUUUGGUAGAGCUUGUGUACAUACAAAGACUACAUUAACUGUGAUUGUAUAAUUCUCAGAGGGCUACUCUGUACCAUGCACACUAUACUCUGUGACUGCAGAAACCCUCAUAACAAGUCAUUGAAGUAGAUACUGUUAUCUGUUCUUAAAACGAGGAAAAUAAAAUUUAAAAG